AUGAUAGAAUCACCCUAUUCCGUCAGCAUCCCUCUUGUCGAUGUGAAUUCGUUUGUGUUCUCGUCUGGCACGCCCUCAUCGCGUCAGGCACCACAAUACUUUGAUGCCGCCAGACCUGCAAAAUGCUUCAGCCUGGCCGACGCCGAGGGCUAUGUCAAACAGGUUGGCCAAGGCCUGCAAAAGCUCGGCCUGCAAGCAGGAGAAAGGGUUCUGUUGUACUCGAACAACCGGCUCUACUUCCCCAUCGUGCUGUGGGCGACCAUUGCCGCUGGCUGCAUCUUCACGGCAGCCUCGCCCACUGCCUCUGUCACUGAGCUCGAAUACCAGUUGCGAGACUCGGGGGCGAAGCUCCUCCUCUCACACCACGGCGGUGCUGAUGUUGCCCUAAAGGCGGCGGCCCGGGCGAGCCUGCCAACGACUCAGAUCUACCUCUUUGGCGACCUGGACGAGAAGGUCCCAAGUCAACUCUCUGGCCGGCUUCAACCAUGGACCAAGCUUUGGUCUUCACCUCAGGAAGCUGCCUCGUGGUCGUGGAAGCGCAUGACUAGCAUGGAGGAACUCGCUUCAACCACGGCAGUCAUCAAUUAUUCGAGCGGAACGACCGGUCUGCCCAAGGGGGUUGAGAUUUCGCACUACAACCUUGUCGCCAACUCCACGCAAUUUCUGUUCAAGCGUAACUUGGUGGCUGAUACACCGCAAGGGCGCGCACGCAAGGCACGGCUAGAUCUGUCAGGAGAACGGUGGCUGGCACCUCUUCCCAUGUAUCAUGCAUAUGGCCAGACCUACUAUUCCAUCAGUGCAGCCCGCCUCGGGGCCAAGGUUUUCAUCAUGACCAAGUUUAAUGUGGUGCAAUAUCUACUUUAUCUGGACAUAUACCGAAUCACCUUCAUGACCAGUGUCCCUGUCAUCUUAACCAUGCUGUGUAAGCAAGACAACCCGCAUCGAUUCAAUCUCAAAGCUGUCGAGGUCGUCACCAGUGGCUCCGCGCCCUUGGAUCCCGAGCUGGGGAAAAUGGUUGAGGACCGAUACCUGCGCUCGAACGUCAAAGUCAAACAAGGCUGGGGCAUGACAGAGACCACGUGUUCUAUCACUGGCGGUUUGGCAAACCAUACGAUCGGUGAGAUCUGGGUGGCUGGACCUAACAUCAUGAAGGGGUAUUGGCACAAGCCCAAAGAGACCUCGGAGACGAUUGUGUACGAAGACGGCCAUCGCUGGCUUCGAACAGGGGAUAUAGGAUAUAUCGACGAGCGAGGUCGCAUCUAUAUCGUGGACCGGCUCAAGGAGUUAAUCAAGGUCAAAGGGCUGCAAGUUGCGCCGGCGGAGUUGGAAUUGUCUCUUCUCGCCCAUCCGGACGUUAUCGACGCUGCUGUUGUGGGAGCCAAGAUUGAAGGCUCUGAGUAUCCCAGAGCUUUUGUGGUGCGCAAAACCCCCGCCAUUACGGCUGCGUCGCUUUUUGAAUACAUCAAAGAGCGGUUUGCACCUCACAAGUGGCUCACCGGAGGGGUCUACUUUAUUGACGCCAUUCCGAGAACCGGCAGUGGGAAGGUGAUUCGACGAGCCUUGACAUCUGUCGAGCCGGAGGUGCGAGGAAAGCUGUGA